AUGAGCCCCACCCUCCAGGAGAAUUGCGCCAACUGCGGUCGGAGCGGCGCCACCUUCCGCUGUGUUGCGUGCACUAUGGUGAGCUACUGCGACAAGUAUUGCGAGAAGGCGGCCUUGUCUCGACACAAAGGUCAUUGCGGAAACCUCGUCAAGAAGCUUAUCGACCGCAUUGGAGAUACCGUCCAGAAGGUCUUCCAGGUGUUUUCGGAGAAGGCCUUCGAGAUCAAUGUCCAAAACAUUGUCACGAUGGGGAAUACCAUCAUCGUACAUGAGAUGGCAAACAAUGUCGCAGCAACUGGCCGUGCGCUCUUCGACUUCCCGUCCCGACUACUCCCGGACGGCGAAGCCAAGACUGCGGUCCUUGGUCUCGGCCGGGGUGAACAAGCCGUCGCCUAUCUCCACGAUUUCGUCGCACAGCUGUUGAAAGGCACGCCCGUCUCCAGGGUCGAAGAAAUCAAGGUUCGCAUGAGCAUCCCGCCCAAAGCGGUCUUCGCCUCACAGAGCGCCCGAGUAUGGGAUUCUCAAUUCGCAUCCAGCUCUGAGAUUGUCCUUCGGUUCGACUGCUCGCUGCAAGGCAGAUCCUGGACCCUUCAUCCAAAUGCACCGGCGUGUGGCAUCGACCACGCCUCUAUGGAGACGAGGCACUACUUCACCCGCUACGUUCAGGGCUACCCCGAGGCGAACAAGUUCGGGGCCCAGAAAGAGCUGUUCCUAGGGUUCGCUAGCCUAGAUGGGCUGGUCGGGCUUCCGUUCAAAAUCCUCUUCGUGGCCCGAGAAUUCAUGCAGACUGGCAUCGACGAGUGGAUGCUGCAGUCGGACUUGACACUUGCAGGAAUGCUUCGGCUUCCUGACGACCAGUUCGCCCUACAGCAGAAGAAGCUCCUUCGUUGCGUUAGUCGGUCCAUGUCCAACUUUCCCCAGAGCGACGAGUAUCAUGGCCUCAUUCAGGAGGCGAUCUUCUCGGAGAACGCAUUCCGGCACAUGCCUAGUCGCCGGGACCUACGGUAG